AUGUGUGUGUGUGUGUGUGAUCCCUUUGAUAAGUGCACAGAGCUUAAGAUGAUUUCACAGGUAUUCAGCUCCAAGAACGCAGCAGAGUCGAGUUUCGCGGAGAUCCGAGCACUGGUUGAGCGAAGGCAGGCGGAGGUGACGCAGACCAUUAGAAAUAUUAGUGAGGAGAAGCGGCGCGCACUGGAGGAUCAACUGGCUCUCAUCGAGUCCGAACGCAAUCUGGUACGCGAGCAAUGCGAUCGUCUUAAUAGUCUGAUUGACGUGCGUUCCAUCUCAAAGGGGAUAAGUUAUCUGAACGACAAGUUGGAUACGAUAGCGAGUCUGACAGAGCCACGAGAGAAUGCCUUCUUGCGUUAUCACGACAAUCCUCCUUCACCCCCACCACCACUAACGCUUCCAGCGCCUUCGCAGCAUUUGGUCGGCACCGAAGGCUUGAUGCCAACAACAGCACCACGGACAACACCACAGCCGGGAUCAGCAGGUUUUGUGGACAUUGCACGGUGUUUGGCGGCCUUCGGUCGCAUUGCUGUGAGUACUACCUACCCACCACUGUGCACAGCCAAGCUGCCGGAGGAACUUCACCUUCAUCUACUCGCCAAGGUGAUGGUGCGGGCCUACGACUAUCACGGCGAGCCACAGACUGCAGGUACGGAUCCGAUCAGUGUGCGUUUUGAAGACGCUCAGGGUCGUGAGGCGCCUGCGUGUUUGGUGGACCACGGUGACGGUACCUACGAGGUCAGUCUGUGUGCCCUGAGUCCUGGAGCGCACACUCUUGUGGUGCAGAUUCUGUCCCGUCCCAUUCGUGGUUCACCAUUCAACCUCCAUGUGCGUGGACGUCAGACACCGCGUUGGAGCAUUGUAGACGGUCCUGAUGGUCGAGGGCUCGUGCAACCGUUCGCUGUUACUGUGGUGCCAUCCAGCCGACUUCAAGCACCAUCCAACACUACCACCCAUUCCACAAACACUGCUACUACUACUACCACCACCACCACAGCUCCAACAUCACCGGAAGACAGUGUCAACGUCCUCCUUCUGGACACAGGAAACAGUCGUCUCUUGGUUGCUGAUGCAGCUACGGGACGUGUGAAGUCAGUGUUGGCAGGCAACGAGGCUCUUCGUGGUCAGGCUGCCACUGGCAUGGCUGUAGGAGCACGGGGACUGUGGGUUGUGAACUGGCGGGCAAAUGAGUUGAUGCUGUUGGAUUUGCAGUCCAAUGAGAUCUUGGAUCGUAUCAGCAGCUCGAAGUUUGUGGAACCCACGAGCGUUUGCAUUUGCCCCCGCACUGGGCGUGUUCUCAUCGCAGAUAAUGGUGCAGGCUGUGUCUUCGCCUACCACGAUGGUGAAGUUCAUCCACUAAUCGGAGGCAGAAAUAGCAACAGUAGCGGCAGCAGUAACAACAGUGGCACUGGAGCAGUGAGUGCGCAGAGCAGCUCUCGAGGUGUGCGAAAAUUUGCCUCUCCAGAGCGUUUCAUCAACGAUGCUUUGCGUCGCGUCACCGGCAUCUGCGUAAUGACUUCCGGCGAGAUCGUUCUUGCUGCUGGCUGCGAAUUGAGGAUUUACUCCUCAGACGGUAAACACAUUGGGAGUCUCUACGCACCGGUGAGUGGUGGAGGCAGCGGAGGAGGAAUGAGUUUUCAGUCUCAAAUGCCAUUAUCUCCUACCACUGGACCUGACAAUGAAAUCGAUUCAGAUGUUUGUCUUCCCUCUACACUCACUCAAAACUCCCUGUUGUCCUCGCAGCGGAUUGUAUCCCGCAGCAGCAGAGAUGGUGGUGUUGGCGGUCUCUCUUCUGCCCCAGGAAGCACUCUGACUCUGGAUGCGACCAGCGCUCAUCGAUCGCUACUCCGCCCACCCUCCAUCGGUGGUUCGAUGCGGCCUACCACUUACGUCACUAGCGGUGGUGGAGGUGGUGGUAGUGGUGGUAGUGUCACGUGUCCUCCCCCUACCUCCACUUCAUCCCUUCGAGGCCACUUCGGUGGUGUCUCUGCAACUUGCACUACCACCGAUUUGGGCGAGUGCCUACUUGCCAGUCACACUGAUCGAUCACGUUCGGUGAUUAUCGUCUACCCUGAGGCGGCAUGGCGUGGAGCUAUUGCCGACUCCUCUUCCCGCCUCACCACCACCGGAGAAUCAGUGAUUGCAACAGGUGAGGGAGAACCGAAUCUGGGAGUGGUGGCGGGGGAGUUGGGCGUGAGUAUGAUGCGCCAGGCGAGAAGGCAGCCCUACACAUUGGAAGUGGAGCCAGCUCUGAGGCGACUGGCUGGACUGACGGCCCUACCCGAUACCUCGCCCUUCCUAGUAGCCGUCGACCUUGGUGGACAGUCGGCGCAUUGCCUCAGAUUCGUUUGA